GGAUCGCGCCUGCAGCUGCAGCUCCCAUAGCUAACGGUCCAGGAUGUGUAGGAGUCGUGAUGGAUGAUCAGGGGGGAAGUACGGGAAUGAUGAUUUCCAGUGAGGAAGCAGCUGAGCUUAUCCCGCUGGAGCAGUACGUAUCACUAGGAUACCCGGGGCUGGGAAUGAUUGGGACAAUUCGACCGGAACUCGAGUCCAGAGAUGUCGCCGAGUGGCGGCCUUCAUCGAGCGAAAUGGAGACGGGAGGCCCUACCUUUGUUACAGGAGAAACCGAUGUCCUUGAGGUUACCCGAGCACUGGAUCAUCGAAUCCCUCUCCCAAUCGGCCACCUACUCUCCAUCUCGGAACAGGCGAACGAACGUAUGAUGCAUCAUUGCAAAGCGAACCGGAAGCGAUUCGCCCUUGCACGCGCAAAAGAUCAGAAGAUGAAGGCGCCGCCUUCGGAGGAAAAGGCGGACGUCGCCCCUGAUCCCAUCCGAGUCGGAUUAAUACAGAAAGAUGACCACUUUCUUCGGAUCAAGCCGAUUCCAUGGAAGUCAGCUGAAUGUGAUAUUGAAGUCUGGGGAAUGCCGUAUAGUGCGAUCAUAGAUUCGGGAGCGGCUGUCCUAGCGAUAUCACUCCGAGUAGUCGAGAGAGCGGGUAGGAAGAAUGAUUUGAUUAUGCUAACCGAGAAGGACCAGCUCGUAUCGGCUGACGAGGAGAAGAUCAAGACAAUAGGGCGUAUGACGAACGUCGCGUUCCGAUUGGGAAAAGUGCAUGCUUUAGGAGAUGUUGUGGUGCUGGAUGUGAAUACAUAUGACGUUCUGUUCGGGCUUCCUGCAUUGGUGGUGCUACGUGCUAAUUUCGACUUCGAACGCCGAUCCGUCAUUCUCCGGAAUACCGGGGGAAAGCUCAAGUUCGACAUUCGGCAUGGGUUUCAUCAUAUCUUGGUGAAAGAAGAAGAUUGGCCCAAGACCGCCUUCGUUUUGUUUGAAGGCACGUGGCAGUGGGUUCGGUGCGCGAUGGGAAUCUGCAAUGCGCCUGCCACGUUUCAGCGGGCGAUGAACGUGACUUUUCAAAAUUUCGUCAAUAAGACGCGGCUGACUCAGGGGAUAAUUAACUUUUGUGUCAUUGUGUACAUGGAUGACAUUCUGGUGUACUCGGACACGUUUCACGGACACGCGCAACACAUCGAGUGGACGUUGGGUGCGUUGAGAGACGCAGGUUUCAAGAUUAAGCUGGAGAAGAGCGAGUUUUUCCUCCCGGAAAUCUCGUUCUUGGGGUAUGUGGUGACACGUGGAGGCCUGCGGCCGAACUCUCGAAAAGUCGCGGCGAUCAAAGAGGCCCCGGUUCCGACCUUACUGACGCAGGUUCGAGCCUUUUUGGGCCUGGCCUCGUAUUACCGGCGGUUCAUCAAGGGGUUCGCGGCUAUAGCAAGGCCUCUGACAAACCUGCUGCGAAAAGAACAGCCCCUUCAUUGGGAUGACGAGUGCGACACGGCCUUCGGGGCCCUAAAGGAUGCUCUCGUCACGGCCCCGAUUCUGAUCCGGCAGGACCCCUCUCGGCAGUUUAUUCUCAUUACCGACUGGCAGCCGGAGGCUAUUUCGGCCAUCCUGGCGCAGAAGGGAAACGAUGGGAAGGAGCAUGUCAUUGAAUACGCUUCUCGGACGGUGCCAGACGAGCGACGAAACGAUUCUGCGCCACAAGGAAAAUGCUAUGCGGUAGUGUGGGGUAUCCAACACUUCCAUCCGUAUUUGUACAGUCAGAAGUUUCUGCUCAUCACCGACCAUGAACCUCUGUUGGCUCUGAAAAAGCUAACCAACUACACGGGCAUGAUCGGACGAUGGGCGGUGCGGUUGCAAGAAUAUGAAUUUGACAUUGUUCAUCGAAAAACAGAAAGACACGGCAACGCCGACGGACUGACACGUUUGCACCAACCCGUGCGUCCAGGCUGUCGGAGGCUUCUCACCCAAGAGCUUACGGUUCCAAUUGCGCAGCUGGCCGACCAUCUUGACGUCAGCAUUGUCUCUCAGGUCGACCCGCGCUUGGUGCCCCACGUCACCUCGCGCACGCUGUCGCCGUAUCUUCAAUGGUCAGCUUGCGUGGAGGGCUUCCCAUCGAGAAUUCCGCCUUCACAGUUGGAAUACUUGGAUCCGCGCGACAUCGUGGAUUCCGCUUUCCACAGACCGUCGUGCGAAGACGAAUUGGAGGAGAUAAUCCGCAAGGAGCUCGCGGAAGAAAGUUCGGAGGAAAAGGAGGAGAAUCUGAACGAAGACGAAGGGGAGCCAGCACAGCGACGAGAAGGAGACGAAGACGAGCUCCUGCAAACGGAGAGCGAAGAGGAAGCAGAAGAAGAAGACAGCGAGCAAGGGAGCGGUGACGACAACGACGAGGAGCACGCCAACGAGGAUCCCCAGCUAGAGAUUGCGCCGGUUGCUGAUCUUCCGAUCAGCAACGAUCCAACGCUCGACCCGGAGCCACCUCAGCCACACGACGGCCAUGUGGCCCAGAUGGCUGGGUCGAACCAGUUGGCAAAAGAGGUCAAUAUCAAUAACCACAACUUUCCUUCGUUCAGCAAGGUGGCCCUAGACCUUGAAGCUAAAGACGCUUCAGAGGAUGGGAGGAAGAAGACACUGCCUCCUAACUGGAAAGCGAAAAGUCGCUUGAUGUUUGUCGACAACGAUGGUUCAACCAUCGAGUUGGACGGCAACUUCCAGGAGGGAGUAGGUUCAGAGGCAGGCAGUGUAGACGCUUCAGAGGAUGAAGUAUUCGUUGUCGCAUCUCAAAAAGGAAAGGCGACCGGUAGACGCCGUGGAGGCUCCCGGUCUAGGAGUCAAGUCGACCCCAACGCUCCCCCAUGGGAGAAAGCGGGUCUUACAGAGGACGUGUGGAGAGACCGUUACUCACGGCAAGCCUGUAUUCGUUGUGGUCAAUAUGGCCACAACCAAUUCAACUGCCGCAAUAAGAAGGUGACAGAAAAGAUCCUGCCUACGAUGGGGCAGGUGAAAAUGCCGCCAAAGAUAGAGGGAGUAGUUGCUAAGUACCCUGAUCUAUUUCAAGAGCCAACAGGGGUUGUUGAGAGGGAGGUCGUCCACGCAAUAGAGAUUAUCCCAGGGUCUAGUAUUCUGAAGGGUAGGAUCUAUCGGAUGUCUCCAGGCGAGCUUGAUGAGCUUCGCCACCAACUCAAGGAACUCGUAGAGAAGGGUUGGAUCCGGCCGAGUGUCUCUCCUUAUGGAUCUCCAGUACUAUUUGUACCUAAGAAGGAGGGUACACUGAGGAUGUGCAUUGACUAUAGGGGCCUCAAUGCCAUCACUGUAAAGAACAAAGAGCCCCUACCGCACAUCUACGAUCUGCUAGAUAGAGUGCAAGGGUGUCGGUACUUCAGCAAGAUAGAUCUGAAGUCCGGGUACCAUCAGAUUGCAAUCCGGCCCGAGGAUCAACACAAAACCGCCUUUCAGACCAGGUACGGUCUACACGAGUUUGUGGUGAUGCCUUUCGGCCUUUGUAAUGCUCCGGGCACCUUUCAGCACGCUAUGAAUCGGAUAUUCCAUGACUACUUAGACGAGUUUGUGAUUGUGUACCUCGAUGACAUACUUAUUUUUAGUAGGAUUGUCGAGGAGCAUGUUGCACACUUGGACAAAGUCCUCAGUCUCGUGCGACAGCACAAGUUCAAGAUCAACGGUGAGAAGUGUGAGUUUGGCCGCACCCGUGUCUUGUACUUGGGGCAUGAGAUCUCCGUGAAAGGGUUGAAGUCCGAUGUCGCGAAGGUGGCCAGCAUUCGUGAUUGGCCACGUCCUCAGUCUAUGACUGAGAUGAGAUCUUUCUUAGGAAUGACAGGCUACUAUAGGACUUUCGUUAAAAACUAUAGCAAAGUAGCCGCUCCUUUGACUGAUCUGACCCGCCUUGACACCCCAUGGGAGUGGACAUAUGAGUGCGAGGCUGCUUUCAGACAUCUGAAGCAUGCGUUGACGCACUACGAGGUCUUGAAACUUCCUGAUCCUGACAAGCCGUUUAUAGUCACCACGGAUGCCAGCCAAUAUGGCGUUGGCGCCGUGCUCGCGCAGCAGGAGGGGCCAAAAUUGAGGCCGGUAGAGUACAUGUCCAAGAAAAUGUUGUCUCAGAAGUUGGCUAAGUCCACCUAUGGGAAGGAUCUAUAUGCGGUUUACAAGGCUCUGACCCAUUGGAGACACUAUCUCCUUGGGAGAUUCUUCAUCCUCAGGACUGAUCAUCAGACCCUGAGAUGGAUGAGAACCCAGCCUGUGCUUUCUGACACUCUCAAGCGUUGGAUUGAAGACAUUGAGCAGUAUGACUUCAACCCUCAGUAUCUGAAAAGGGAGUACAACAAGGUUGCAGAUGCCUUGUCGCAUAGACCUGAUUUCUCAGGUGCGUUGAUUACUGAGUUUAAUCUGACGGACCAUGUUACUCAGUCCUUGGUGAAAGCCUAUCGCGAGGACCAGUUCAUGUUUGAGAUCAUACGCAGACUUCAAGCAAAGGACAAGAAGACCUCUGCUGAGUUUGAGUUGGUCAAUGGCUUGCUGUUCCUUGAGAAGUGAGGGAAUAAACGAUUGUGUGUUCCCAAUAGCGAGUCUUUGCAUA